AUGGCGGGUAUCCUCACGUGGAAAAGCCGCUUCGGCGGUGUCUUUGGGAACAACCCCGAGCAUGGCGACGGUUCGGAAGACGAACAGUCUGGUCCCCCAAAAUGGAGCAUGGGAGUUUUGAACGACUCCAAGACUAUCGAAGUUCCCGGUUCUGUGCUUCUCCUGGCCAGCCAUCGUAACGAGCCUCUUGGCUUGCGCAAUGCGCCCGCCAGGACUUCUCACUCUUCCAUCCCUACUGGUUUUCCGGAGCCGGCCGAAACGCCCUCCGGCCGCAGAUCCCCCGCCAACUCGGCCCCACCGGAAUCCAAGAAGACGACCAAGGAUGGCAUCAUUCUCAACCCCCAGCCCGAGGAGUCUGCCAACGACCCCUUGAAUUGGCCUGCCUGGCGACGUGACUGCGCUCUGUUGUCACUCGGCUUCUACUGCAUGGUUGGUGGUGGUAUGACCCCUAUUCUCGCUGCUGGCUUCACCAAUGUCGCCGAGGACUAUCACAUCGAGACCGAGACAGUUUCUUUGACCACUGGUCUGUACAUGAUGGGUAUGGGCUUGGGAUCUGUCAUCUUUUCGCCCACUGCCAUUUUGUACGGCAAGAGGCCCGUAUACCUCUUCAGCGCCGUCAUUUUUAUCGCCAGCUCCAUAUGGGCAGCGUUGUCCCCCAACUUCACAUCUCUCAUCCUAGCCAGAAUUUUUCAGGGAAUUGCAGUCAGCCCUGUCGAGUGUCUUCCGUCAGCAACGAUUGCUGAAAUUUUCUUCCUCCAUGAGCGAGCCUUCCGGAUAGGCAUCUACACCCUGCUUCUCCUCGGCGGCAAGAACCUAAUUCCACUCAUCAGUGCCGUAAUCAUUCAAGGCCUUAGCUGGCGUUGGGUAUUCUGGAUCGUUGCUAUUGUAGUCGCUUUGUGCGGUGUUCUCCUGUUUCUGUUCGUACCAGAAACAUUUUGGGAUCGCGCUCCUCUUCCCAAGUCAAGAAAGCCUUCGAGAAGACCGAGCUUCAGACACCGCUUUUCAUCCCGCCAUGAGGUCCCCCAACUACCCAAGGCCCCCAAAGCUGAAGGGGAGGCCGAAGAAGAGGCCGAUUCCGCUCCGCCGCAGUCUCCUCAUUCCCAUCCUCACAAGGACCUCCACGUGGGCUUUGCACCAGACCCGAACUCGGAACGCGCCGACGAAGCCCACGACCCUGAAAAACAGGCUUCCGCUGCCAACCUACCGACCCCAACCAUUGCGAAUGAACCUCCUUUACCCAACCCCCAACCCGUCUCACGCACCUCCGGCAGUUCCACCUCUCCCUCAUCUGACUACUUCGCCAAGGCCCCUGCCCUCGAAAGCGACUCUCUCCCCACGAACGUAGCCUCUCCACCAAAGGCCCUAGCCUACACCCACACCCUCCGCCACCAGCCCGCUCGCUCUUUUGUGGAACAGCUCAAAAUCUGGAACGGCCGUCUCAACCACGACAACUGGUUCAAGGUCAUGCUCCGGCCCUUCGUCCUGUUCGCCUACCCGGCGGUCUUGUGGUCCUCCGCUGUCUACGCUCUUUCUGUCGGCUGGCUUAUCGUUGUGUCCGAGUCUGUGGCACUCAUCUAUCGCAACCGCGAGUCCUACAACUUCAACGCCUUGCAGACCGGUCUCGUUUACUUCUCUCCUUUCGUCGGCGGCAUCCUCGGCACCGCUGUAGCCGGGAAAGUGAGCGACGUCAUCGUCAAGGCCAUGGCCCGCCGUAAUGGCGGUCUCUACGAGCCCGAAUUCCGAUUGGUCAUGGCUGCCCCUGUGCUCGUCACCACUGUCAUCGGCCUCAUGGGCUUCGGCUGGUCUGCGGAAGAACGCGACCACUGGAUCGUGCCGACUGUUUUCUUCGGUCUCAUCUCCUUUGGGUGCACGCUGGGCUCCACCACGUCCAUCACCUUCUGCGUAGACAGCUACCGUCAAUAUGCGGGCGAGGCGCUUGUCACGCUCAACUUCAGCAAGAACAUCUUCCACGGCCUCGUUUUCAGUCUCUUUGUUACGCACUGGAUCACUGACGAAGGUCCCAAGAUGGUUUUCAUCUGGUUAGGUGUUAUUCAGCUCAUCUUCCUAUUGUUUUCGAUACCCAUGUAUGUGUACGGCAAACGCGCGCGCAUGUGGACUGUGAGGAAGAACCUCAUGGAGAAGUUGUAG